AUGGACGUUGACAGAAAAGUUGCUGUGAUCACAGGAACUAAUAGUAACCUUGGAUUGAACACUGCAUACCGUCUGAUUCAGGAACUUGACCAGGAUGUCCGCUUGACCAUCGUCGUUACCUCAAGGACUCUUCCAAGGGCUCGUGAGGUAAUUGACAACAUAAAAGAUUUUGUGGGAAAAAGCUCAAGACCAGGGCUGGUGGAUUACGAUUAUCUAUUGGUAGACUUUACAGAUAUGGUGAGUACUCUCAACGCCUACUACGAACUCAAUAAACAUUACAAGGAAAUCAACUACUUUUUUGUAAAUGCUGCGCAAGGUGUUUACAGUGGUAUUGACUGGCUGGGUGCAGUAAAGGAAGUAUUCACCAACCCUAUUGAGGCUGUCACCAAUCCUACUUAUAAGAUUCAGAGGGUCGGGGUAAAGUCGCAAGACGGAAUGGGACUGGUGUUCCAGGCUAAUGUCUUCGGGCCUUAUUACCUUAUUCAGAAAAUACUGCCCCAACUACAGGCAGGCAAAGCUGUGGUGGUGUGGAUAUCUAGUAUCAUGUCAGAUCCCAAGUAUCUUUCUCUGGAAGACAUUGAGCUUGUUAAAAGUCCCGCGUCCUACGAGGGAUCCAAAAGAUUGGUUGACCUUUUACAUCUAGCUACUUAUAAAGAGCUUAAAGGCCAAGGAAUCCACCAAUAUGUUGUUCAACCAGGCAUUUUCAUUAGCCAUUCUUUCUUCAAGUAUUUGAAUGUGCUGAGCUACUAUGGCAUGCUUCUGCUAUUUUACUUCGCCAGAUUUCUAGGAUCCCCUUGGCACAAUAUCGACGGUUACAGAGCUGCAAAUGCUCCCGUAUAUGUUGCGACGCUUGCUAACCCAACGUUUGAACAACAGAAUGUUAAAUACGGGUCAGCCACUUAUAAGGAUGGGAUGGAGUAUAUCCGCACCCAGGAGAUUGAGGCCACAGGCGUGCACGAUGUGUAUGUUUACCUCAAAAAGUUGAAGGAUGUUUGGGACGACAAGUUGAAGGAUCAAAUUACGAACUCGAGACAAAAGGUUUGA